ACAAUCCCCUGCCUCCCACAGAGACCCCCAUCCCUCUAAUAUCCCCAUUCUACCUCUACUUUCCUGGCCUUGUCCCCCCAUCCUCAUCUUAGCCAGAGACUCCCUCCCCAAAAUCCCUGCUCCCCUAAGGGAACCCCUCCCCUGCUGGUCCCCUCAAGAACCUCUUCCCCCCCCAUACUUACCCCGGGUCUCCUUCCCACUGCUCCCCCCAACUCUCUCCCAGUGCCCUUCAAGGACCCCCCAACUCAUCCUCAGGGAUCCCCAUGCUUUCCCCCCCUUUGGGACCCCACCCACUGUCUAUGCUUUCUGCCCCCCAAAGCAUCGGGGGGGUUCAAACCAUUGGAAGGGUGCCCAGAAUUCUGGGAUCCUAGGUUGGGGAGGGGUAAUUCCCAGGAGCCCUCAUGGCCAUGGUCACAGAAAUUACCAUGUCCCCUGUCUGUGCCCCCUCCCUCCCAAUCACUGAACUGCGGCCACUUAUUCUCAGGGGUCCCCAUUUCCAUGUUCAAAAGGGGGGGUCACCCCAGUUGCUAGAGACCCCCGGACAAAUAUAUGAGUGAAAUUGUAUGAUGGGGUUGCUUGUGGUGGUGGGGGAGGCAGGGCUCAGCAGCCCUGGGGUUCACUUCUGGUUUAUCUCUUAUGUUUCUAGAGCUCAUGCUUCAGGGUUUCAGAUGGCCACCAGCAGGGGUCAGGAAGGAAUUUGCUGCCCCCAUGUAUUCUGCGGGUUGGUUGGGUUGUUUUAAUCUCCUUCCUCUGAAGCAUCAGGGAUGGCCACAGCUGGAGAUAGGCCAUGCUCUGAGGGGGCACCAAGCAUCUCUCAUAGGUGCUUGACUGGCGCUUCUUGCUCACACGCUUAGGGCCUAACUGAUCACCAGAGGUGGGGCCAGAAAGGAAUUUGCCCCCCAGCUCAGAUGGGCAGGGACCUUGGCGGGAGGGAGGUAGGUUUUCACCUUUCUCUGCGGUGUGGGAUUAUCACUUGCUGGGAUGAUCUGGGUAUUUCUAACAUCAUUUCCCUGCCAUGGCGGGGGCCUCUGGCAUUGGUGGCACAGACCAGUCUAGGCUCCCAAGGGCUGUGAUAUUUUGGAGUGCUGGGUUUAGUUUGCGGGGCCUGUGCGAGCCGGGUGGUCAGAUUGGAUGAGCUGGUGGUCCCGUCUGGCCUCCAACUCUCUGACUCCCCAAACCCGAGGGGACGUGCCCUGUUGGCAUAGUGCUGCAAAGAGAAAAGGACCCACUCUAGGGCCUAGCAGGGUGGGGUCUACACAGGGACCCUACAGUGGGAGCCAGGAUUUAGAGAGACCCCCAACCAUCAUAAUCUCCAUUGUUUACAUCAAUAUGGACCCUGCAGUUUGGGGGAUUAAGGGGGCACAUGAUGGAUGCCAGGGACUGAGGGACCCCCUUCUCCCCCACAAACUACAGUUCUGUCCUCUUUAGAUCAGGAUAUUAGAAGGCUGGCCGCACAAUGGCAACAUCCUACACUUGUGCCCAGAAGGGGGAGGGGAAUAACCUAGGUGUGUCCCUGGGGGGUGUGGCCUGGUUGGGCAUGUCACAAUGCUGCCCUCCCCACGGGGAAAUGUCACAAUGGCUGGGUCACAAAGAACCUGGCUACUUGAGCUGGGUUCCUGGGGCUCGGGGCUCACUUUGCCGCGGGUAGGCACUGCCUGAAGAAACGUCGCUGCUCCGGGAUCACACCUAUCUGUUUUCCCUUUCUUAUACUGAGAGAGGGAGGAAACGGAACUACUCAUACCCCACCUGCUCCCCCUUUGCGUAUUACUAUUACUGCUAUCGCUAUCGCCUCAUCUACAGGUGGAGGAUGGUGCCUUUCCAUGGGAGUAUCUCCCUGACUGAGCGCGAGAGCCUGACCCUCAGACCUCGCUACUGCCUUCAAUGUUCCGAGUCCUUGGGAGGCGGACCAGCCAGCAGAGGGGCUAACCAGGGCGAGCUAAAAGAGUUGUACAAGGCUGGGAACCUGACAGUGUUUGCUGGCGACCUUCUGCUCCCUGGUCUCCCUGUCCAGCUGGACUUCCAUUUCCAACUUGGUCCCCACGGCUCUGCUCACUGGCACGGACUCCUAACUGACGGCAAGCUUUUCCUGGACACGCCCCGCGGCGCCCUGGAUCAAAACAACCGCGAAAGCCUGACUGCGACGCUGGAAUACGUGGAGGAAAAGACCGCCGUGAACCUUGUGUUUGUGAACUUCCAGCCGGCUCGCAGCAAUCGCGGAGACCUGUUCCGAGCAUUCAGUUACUUGGGCUUUGAGGUGGUCAGACCAGAUCAUCCCUCGCUGCCGCCCUGGGAGGACGUUAUCUUCAUGGUUUGCCCACUGAAGCGAGACUGCUGUCCGGAACUGGAAUGAGAAUUCCUGAAGCUGGGCAUUCUGCAAAGACGGGAGGGAAUGGAGGGGGGAUGGCUUAGCUCCCACUUACCUUGGGCCUGGAACUGACAGAGGCUUUGAGCUGAUGUGUGUAACUGAGCGUGGCCCCACCGAGCAUCACUAAACAGGUGUGAAAGCACAGGUGUGGUGUCUGGUUGGGGGAAGGGCUUUGACACUCAAUGCAGAAUGCACUGGGGGCAGGGAGGAAAGACUCAACCUUGCAGCUUCUGACUCACACUUGGUCACAGGUGUUCAUAAAAACUGCAUAGGGUCCCAAUCAACUACCCCACUAACAUGCCUCCAGCCUGACUUGGCAGGAUCAGCUCCAGAGCUGAACAGAGUCCCACUGUACAAUCAGUGCUGGGUCUUGUGAUCUGGACUGAGGCCCCAACUGAUUUCCCAGCAUGGGAGCUCCCAGCAAGAGGAAGGGGACAUUACCCCACUACCCCUUGCCUCAGGCACCCAAAAUUCACUGCCCAAUCUCCAUGCCCUUGUGCCACCCCCCGUUUGAAGCCCUAGCCUGGGCGACUUCUGAACUUCAGGACAGGCUGCCGGCUGUUUAUAGCAUCGUCCCCUCAAGGCUCCUGCUGCUCAGGGAGAUAGCUGGCCGAGGGAAGUGAGGCCCUGUGUUCAGCGCUAUUUCUCAGGCUAUCAUGCAACAGCUUUAGAAAACCUGCACCUGGCUCCAUUAAAAAAAUUCCAGAGACCCUGAGUAGCAGACCCCCGGAUUAUUUAGCAGAAAUGAGGCUUGUUCCAGUUCUCCCAGUCACCAUCUGACUACAGUGGUUAGGGAAUGAGCCCAGCAAGGCCUGUGGGAGGGGAGUGGACUCGCUCUGGCUACAGGGGGAGGCAGUGAUGGCAGAGUUAGGGUCAGCAGGCCUCCCCCGCAGAGGCCUCAAUUUGCACUUGGAGCUGACCCCCAUGAACAGGGAAGACCCUGACCCACUAAUUAUGCAUCAUCAGCCCCCUUCUACAGCACGGUGCAAGAGGCACAAGGAGGAAUCCGACUAACAUGAUGUCUCAGAGUGAGAGGCAAGGUGGGCAUCUUGCAGCCCAGUUCUAAGGCCUCCCUCCUCCCCACACAUCUCCAGCCCCCAAGGACUUGGCUGACUCGCUCGAAAAACUCUCAAUGGAACUUUUAUUUAAUAAAGAACCAAUGGCUGAGAUGCACAGCUCUCCCAAACCUUGUUUGAUCUCCCUGUGCUCACCCCCAAAAAUGGGGCUGGGGUGAAAACAAUGCACCCAGCUGGCAGGAAAUGCCCAUCUUCGCAACAGGGCAGCCUCCGCAGUGAGAGACUUUCAAAGCCACUUUGGAUAGAGGCAUAAAGCUUUGGCCAAUUCCCAGACAGGAGCUUUGACGGAGCCAGCUAGGUACUCUCCAGCGGUCAGCAGGCUAAACACGCUUUGCCCAGACUUCUCCUUUAUGAAGCACAGGAGACAAUAAGAGGCAGAGAUCUUCAAAGCCCCCACUUCUGGCCUAACUCAGCUCCUGUCAUCUCCAAGGGGAAGAGUAAUAAGUCCAUGCAGAGGCUCCAGAAACCACCCCCUCCAAACGCUCUACAAAUGCUACAUGCUGGGGCGGUUCUGCACUGAAGCAGAUUCAG